AAACAGUCAUGUGCAUAGUUUAGCAAGGCCUGAUGCCUCUGGAGCUUUUUCCCUUUAUAGCACCAUUGAAUCCCAGUCCUAACAGAAGUACUGUGAAUCUUGUGGCCUCAUUCGGAACAAAAGGGAUUAGAGAAGAAAAAUCUCUUGAUAUAAAGCUUGGAAGCAAGGGCAGGCAAUCUUGGUUGUGAAUAUUUUCUGAUUUUUCCAGAAAUCAAGCAGAAGAUUGAGCUGCUGAUGUCAGUUAACUCUGAGAAGUCGUCCUCUUCAGAAAGGCCGGAGCCUCAACAGAAAGCUCCUUUAGUUCCUCCUCCACCACCACCGCCACCUCCACCACCACCGCUGCCAGACCCCACACCCCCAGAGCCAGAGGAGGAGAUCCUGGGAUCAGAUGAUGAGGAACAAGAGGACCCUGCAGAUUACUGCAAAGGUGGCUAUCAUCCGGUGAAAAUUGGAGACCUCUUCAAUGGUCGGUAUCAUGUUAUUAGAAAGCUAGGAUGGGGGCACUUCUCCACUGUCUGGCUGUGCUGGGAUAUGCAGGGGAAAAGAUUUGUUGCAAUGAAAGUUGUAAAGAGUGCCCAGCAUUAUACAGAGACAGCCUUGGAUGAAAUAAAAUUGCUCAAAUGUGUUCGAGAAAGUGAUCCUAGUGACCCAAACAAAGACAUGGUGGUCCAGCUCAUUGAUGACUUCAAGAUAUCAGGCAUGAAUGGGAUACAUGUCUGCAUGGUCUUUGAAGUGCUUGGUCACCACCUCCUCAAGUGGAUCAUCAAGUCCAACUAUCAAGGCCUCCCAGUGCGUUGUGUGAAGAGUAUCAUUCGACAGGUUCUUCAAGGGUUAGAUUAUCUACACAGUAAGUGCAAGAUUAUUCAUACUGACAUAAAGCCGGAAAACAUCUUGAUGUGUGUGGAUGAUGCAUAUGUAAGAAGAAUGGCAGCCGAAGCCACUGAGUGGCAGAAAGCAGGUGCUCCUCCUCCUUCAGGGUCUGCAGUGAGUACGGCUCCACAGCAAAAACCCAUAGGAAAAAUAUCUAAAAACAAGAAGAAAAAGCUGAAAAAGAAACAGAAGAGGCAGGCUGAGUUAUUAGAAAAACGCCUUCAGGAGAUAGAGGAAUUGGAGCGAGAAGCCGAAAGAAAAAUAAUAGAGGAAAACAUCACCUCCGCUGUACCUUCCAAUGAGCAAGAUGAUGAGUACUGCCCAGAGGUGAAACUAAAAGCGGCAGGAUUAGAGGAGGCAACCGAGGAAGAGACUGCUAAAGACGAUGGUGAAGCUGAGGACCAAGAAGAGAAAGAAGACACUGAGAAAGAAAACAUUGAGAAAGAUGAAGAUGAUGUUGAACAGGAGCUUGCGAAUAUAGACCCUACAUGGAUUGAGUCACCCAAAACCAAUGGCCACAUUGAGAAUGGUCCAUUCUUACUGGAACAGCAGCUGGAGGAUGAAGAGGAUGAUGAAGAUGACUGCCCAAAUCCUGAGGAGUAUAACCUUGAUGAGCCCAAUGCAGAAAGUGAUUACACAUAUAGCAGCUCCUACGAACAAUUCAAUGGUGAAUUGCCAAAUGGACAACAUAAGAUUCCAGAGUCGCAGUUUCCAGAGUUUUCCACUUCAUUGUUCUCUGGGCCCUUAGAACCUGUGGCCUGUGGCUCUGUGCUCUCUGAGGGAUCUCCACUUACUGAGCAAGAGGAAAGCAGUCCAUCGCAUGACAGAAGCAGGACAGUUUCAGCCUCUAGUACUGGGGAUUUGCCAAAAACAAAAACUCGGGCGGCUGACUUGUUGGUGAACCCCCUGGAUCCACGGAAUGCAGAUAAAAUUAGAGUAAAAAUUGCUGACCUGGGAAAUGCUUGUUGGGUGCAUAAACACUUCACAGAGGACAUCCAAACACGUCAGUAUAGAUCCAUAGAGGUUUUAAUAGGAGCUGGCUACAGUACACCUGCAGACAUUUGGAGUACAGCAUGCAUGGCAUUUGAGCUGGCAACAGGAGAUUAUUUGUUCGAACCACAUUCUGGGGAAGACUAUUCCAGAGAUGAAGACCACAUAGCCCACAUCAUAGAGCUGCUAGGCAGUAUCCCAAGGCACUUUGCUCUAUCUGGAAAAUAUUCUCGGGAAUUCUUCAAUCGCAGAGAUCACAUAGCAUUGAUCAUUGAACUGCUGGGGAAAGUCCCUCGAAAAUACGCUAUGUUGGGGAAAUAUUCCAAGGAGUUUUUCACCAGAAAAGGAGAACUGCGGCACAUCACCAAGCUGAAGCCCUGGAGCCUCUUUGAUGUACUUGUAGAAAAGUAUGGCUGGCCCCAUGAAGAUGCUGCACAGUUUACAGAUUUCCUGAUCCCGAUGUUAGAAAUGGUUCCUGAAAAACGAGCCUCAGCUGGCGAAUGCCUUCGACAUCCUUGGUUGAAUUCUUAGCAAAUUCUACAAAUAUAGCAUUCUGAGCUAGCAAAUGUUUUCCAGUACAUUGGACCCAAACGGUGACUCUCAUUCUUUAACAGGAUUACAAGUGAGCUGGCUUCAUCCUCAGACCUUUAUUUUGCUUUGAGGUACUGUUGUUUGACAUUUUGCUUUUUGUGCACUGUGAUCCUAGGGAAGGGUAGUCUUUGUCUUCAGCUAAGUAGUUUACUGACCAUUUUCUUCUGGAAACAAUAACAUGUCUCUAAGCAUUGUUUCUCGUGUUGUGUGACAUUCAAAUGUCAUUUUUUUGAACGAAAAAUACUUUCCCCUUUGUGUUUUGGCAGGUUUUGUAACUAUUUAUGAAGAAAUAUUUUAGCUGAGUACUAUAUAAUUUACAAUCUUAAGAAAUUAUCAAGUUGGAACCAAGAAAUAGCAAGGAAAUGUACAAUUUUAUCUUCUGGCAAAGGGACAUCAUUCCUGUAUUAUAGUGUAUGUAAAUGCACCCUUGUAAAUGUUACUUUCCAUUAAGUAUGGGAUGGGGACUCAAUUUUUCAGAAAAGCUACCAAGUCCUUAGUGCUUUGUAGCCCAAGUUGCAUGUAGCAGACUCACUGCUUCAAGGAGUUGUGCAAAUUUUUCAUUCCAUAACAGUCCAUUUACAUUAGAUUUUUAAAUAAAAUGGCUCUGGGUAACAAGAUGUCAUUCCCUAUAUGGCACUUUAAAAGAAGAAAAGACAUGCUUUUCAUUCUAAAAUAUACCUUAUAAUUGGGCAGUUCCAUUUGUAUUUUUGCAUAUUUUUUAAAGUACUUUAAAAGAAAAAAAGCGAUUUCUGUUUGAAAAUGUGAUAGCCUGGUACCACGUUGUGUUGCCUUCUCCAAACACUGUAAGUUAAAUACAUGAAAUUGGACAAGAGAAACAUGUUCAGUGUGGAAUGAAAAAAUAUAUAUWUUUUUUGGAAAAGCAUGAUCGUGUUUGUCUAAACACAAGGUAUGGUAUAUACAGUUUGCAGUGCGGUGGGAAGAAUACUUUUCACAGCUCAAAGGUAACAAUGAUCACGUUCAUUCCAUAGGCAGCUUUAUGUGUGGCUACAACAGCUUAUUAUACUAGCUUUUUCUUUGUCUUUCCAUGAAUGAGAAAAUGAUUUUCCCUUUGCAGGUUGCACACAGUUUUUGUUUAUGCAUUUCCUUAAAAUUAAUUGUAGAAUCCAGGACACAAAAUCCAUUAGUAGGCAAUACAAUUUUAGAAUGUUAAUAUAUAGAGGUAUAUUUAGCCUCUUUUAGAUGUCAGUGAAAUGAAUGUCUUUUAUUUUAAAUUUUACAUUCAUUAAGGUGCCUCUUUUUUCUUGACUUUGUCCAUUAACAUUUAUUCAUAUGCCUUUGCAAUAACUAGAUUGUGAAAAGCUAACAAGUGUUGUAACAAUAAUCCAUUGUUUGAGGUGCUUGCAGUUGUCUUAAAAAUUAAAGUGUUUGGUUUUUUUCCAGACAUUGCCUUGGUCAUUGCCCUAUAUUUGAAGUGACAGGAUCAACAAACAUUUGCUUUCAGUGUCUUCCAAACUAAAAAGAAUACCAACAUUCUUGCUGCAGCAUAUAUAGUUGUAGAACAUGCAUUAAAGCUUAUUAUAAGGAAAUCAUUUAUUUUUGAGGGCAGAAAGUAUUUAGGAAAGAUGAUAACAGUAUAGAUUCAUUACCUUCAACUUGUCAUCUUUUUUAUCCAUGUUUCAUCAAAAACAUACUAACUGCAUUUUAAACUUCUCAAAUUUUCCUUAACAGCAUUCACUCUGAGGGAAUGAGAGAGACAAUCCUCUUAGGAACUGGCAUUAUAUCUUAUGUUGCUGUGAGGUAGAAUGAACCAUUCAUUGACGAGAUCUUCAUGCUAAGUUUUUCUAGUGAGGCUAUAGGUUUCCGUGUAGAUUCUAUGACCAGUGAUGCUAUUAUGCACGAAUUGCACUGGAAACAUUUUUACAGGAGCCAGAGUACAUAUGUGUCCUCUGGGUAAGAAUUUUCUGGAAGGUUAGAGUAUACUUGAAUGAAAUUUGUCUAAUGCAGUUUUAGUUCAUGUUAGGAAGAAAACUAAUUUUAAGGUGGUAUCCUUAUGAUAAAAUAGCCUAAAUACUAACUUGUUUUCUAUGUAGAAACAGUUGUUCUAGAAGGAAUUACAUUUGUAUUAGGAACUAUAUGGUUUUAACAGAUUCUUGGUGGCUUGUUGAUAAAGAAUGCAUACAAGGCAAAGGAGAACCACUAGUUGUGCUAAAUAUUGUAGCCUGCUUAGUGAACUUCAUUGAAUAUCCUAUCUUUUUUCCUGUGGUCCAUGUGAAGUCUUCAUGGAAAGUUGCAAGCAGUGGAUCACAUAGGGGAUUAUAGCCAGUUCAGAACCUGGCUGUCUGCACAUUGGCCAACAGUACUGCUCAAGGGCCAAGAACAAAUGGAUAUUAAGAACUUCAAAGGGGCAUAUACUUUUAGGUGAAAACUGAUGUACUACUUGCUUCUUCCUGUACUUGGACCAUACAUAACUUAUUAAUGGGAUAAAGUAUGGGAACUUUCCAUGGGCAUAGAGAAACUGUUUAUUUCUGUAUAUUAUUUCCUAAAAUUUCAUAUUUUUUUCUCUUUUUUAAAAUGAAAGUUUGGUAGAGGACAAUGUUUAAAGAAUGUAUGUGUCCAUCAAAGAGUCAAAGAAUUUAUUUACUGUUUCACGGUUUUACACAGAAGCUUAUGUAUAUAUUAGUUUUGUAGUAGGCCAAAGUAGGAAUAAAAAUGCUUUAGGUGGGGGCCUUCUAAAGAGAUGAAUAUUGAUAUUUCACAUGCCAGUUAACUUUGCUGUGUUUGAAACUAUCGAGAGGGACAGAUGAUGUAAACUCAUUUCUUCUCAAAUGUUUUUUUAGUCAUUAACAUAAGCAGCGUUUUGUUUGAAGAUCAAUGAUGGCAAAGUUGACCUUUGUUCUUAAAGCUCAUUAGGAUUGAACUCUAGAUAAGCUGUAUUGAUGCACCAUCGUCAGCUAAUUUUCAAAAGGAAAUGGAAAUUAAAAUCUUAAAACAUACCAAAUCUCAUUCAUUUUUUUAAGUCUAUUUACUUUUUUUCUCCUAAUGCACAAAAUAUGUAUAGUAUAUAGUGCCCAAAUUAUGUCAAAGUAUUUGGAUGAUGAAAAAUGUUGAUAAAAACAGUGUCAUUGCUAUUGUAUACACUUAAUUAGUGUAUACCUAAGAAGUAGAAGGCAAAGGCUGGGAAUUUUUAUUUUCAAAAUUKAACUAGCAUUUUAUAUUUAGGCAACAAAAAAUUCACUUGAGAGGCCAUUUAUUUUUCUUAAAUAAUGCCAUUUCCCUUUAGUUUUGUAUACCCAAGCCAAAUUUAAAGACACCCGUUUCACUUAUCAAUAUUUCAGUCGUGUUCUAAAAUGUGCAAAUUAGAUAUUGCUGUUUUUUAGGCAUACUAAUUUUUUUUUAAAUAACUUGUAAAUUGCAGUCUGUAACUUUUUAUCGUGUGUAAAUCGGUAGUGGUCUGGAUUCAUUGUGGUGUCACAUACUUAAGUAGACUUACACAGCAUGACUAUUUAAUUUCCUGUGAUUCUUGCUCCUGCAUAAAUGGCAAGUAGAAACCAUGAUGGGAACAACCUCUUACUCCCUCUAGCUCUCCUCCUGAGGUAGUAGUCACUACAGAAAAUUUAAGUUUCUUUACAAAUUGUAUUUGAAAACUGUAACUCUCAUAAAAUCAGUCAAGCAGACCCCCAUCUUAGAAGUUGUACAGGACAAUCUGGUAAAACUGACAUAAUUGUGAUUUAUUAACAUGAAUUAAAAUGCCCAACCAGUGCUUCAAUGUGACAGUAUAUUUAAAAUAAAAAAGAAAUGAAAGGUCAUAUACUGUACUACUUUCACAAAGAUCACACAGUUUUGCAAAAGACUUGUCAUAUGUACAAUGCUAUAUAUCAAAUGAAAAAAGCUGUAAGCAAUUAUAUACGCAAAAGAAAUGCAGUAUUUACAGUUUGUCAGGAGACAUUAGAAAUCAUCUAUACAUUAAAUUACAUUCUGCUUGCAAAUAACUGAUAAAACAAAAUGAGCCAUGUCCACACCAAACUAUAAAAAUCUGUAUUGCAUUUUAUACCUAAGUUGCACUCAUAGAACUGCUGACCAAAAAAAAAAAAAAAAAAAAAA